AUGGCCUUCUCAUGUCUGUUGCCCUGCUCAACACAAGCAGCCUGGUUUCGGCUUGGAGUGGUGGGACCCUGGGGGUGUGAUCCCCUCUUUGCCAAGGCCCUUCCCAGUGUAGCAGCACAGCUGGCCGUAAACCGCAUCAACAAGGACCCGUCGCUAUCCUAUGCUGCAACUUUUGACUUCGUUGUGCUGCAGGAGCCGUGUGAAACAUCAAGAGCACUCGAGACGUUCAUCGGUUUCCACACCAAGGCCUCGGCGUAUAUCGGACUAGCAAACCCUGGCUACUGUGAUGCUGCUUCAAUGCUAAGCAAAGGCUGGAACAAAGCACUGUUUUCUUGGGGGUGUGUUGGCUAUGAACUGGAUGAUGUUCGGAACCACCCAACUUUUGCCUUCUCCAUGCCAAGGCCCACCUUGGUGCUGCUCAGCAUCAUAAAGUACUUCAGGUGGGCCCACGUUGGCAUCAUCUCUUCUUCAGAUGACAUCUGGGUAGAGACAGCCACCAAGGUAGCUGAUUCCCUGAGGAGCCAUGGCCUGCCAGUCAAACUGGUAAGUUUUCUGGAGAACACGCCUCAUGGCAUAAGGCGAACUCUGGCUAAGAUCCGCAAAAUGAAAGAAAUCAAAGUUGCGAUCCUCUGCAUGCAUUCUGCACUGAUUGGUGGCGUAGUCCAGAAGCUGCUGUUGGAGACGGCGUAUGACAUGCAGAUGAUUGACGGCUCCUUGGUCUUCGUGCCCUAUGACACCCUGCUCUACAGCAUGCCCUACCACAAUGUGUCCUACCCAGCUCUGAGGGGCAACAGCAAACUACUGCGGGCCUAUGAUGCUGUGCUAACCAUCACCAUCGACUCGCCACAGGCGUCGUUCUAUGAUGCCUACAGAGAGGCCAUGGAAAGGCGAGAGGUGGCGAGGACUCUGAAGCCACAGCAGGUGUCUCCUCUCUUUGGCACCAUCUACAACUCCAUCCUCUUUAUGGCUCAUGCUGCACAUCGGGUCAGGGAAUCUGGAGAGUGGAUGUCUGGGGGAAACCUGGCAAGACGUACCAAUAACCUGGCCUUCCAGGGUUUCAGCCAUCCAAUCAAAACAAACACUUCUGGAGAAGUUCUGCUUGACUACCUGAUUCUGGACACAGAUGGACUCUCCUGGGAGCUGAAACCAACAUACAGGAUUGACAUGGAUGCCAGUAUGGUGCACUUCCUUGGUCGAGACAUCCACUUCCCACAUGGCUAUGGACCCAGAAAGGACUCGAUGUGCUGGUUUACUCCUGGAGUCAUCUGCUCAGGAGGGGUGGACUUGUUCUCAGUCAUCACCAUGUUCCUCUGGGCCGUAGCGCUUUCUGUUUUUGCAGUGGCAUUUAUUUACUGCAUCAGGCGGCGAAUCAAUCAGAUUCGUCUAGUCAGGGGUCCAAACAAGAUUUUGCUGUCUCUGGAUGAUGUCACAUUUAUAAACCCAUCAAUCAGCAAUAAGAAACUGAGUCUUGACAGCAGCAAGGCCAGUGGCAUGAAGAGCAUAUCAGAGUGCAGCAUUUUGUCACCAGUCUCCACCCAAUCCCCGGCCACCUAUGAGAACUCCAAUGUUGUAAUAUAUGAGGGUGACUGGGCAUGGUUGAAGAGACUUCCGGAUGGGACAUUCAGCAGCAUCCAUCCCAAAACCAGCCAAGUGUUUGAGCUGAUGAAGGACAUGCGCCAUGAGAAUGUGAACCCCUUCCUGGGCUUCUUUCAUGACUGCGGCGUGUUCGCCAUUGUGACCGAGUUCUGCUCCAGAGGGAGUUUGGAGGACCUGCUGCUGAACGAGGACGUCAAACUCGACUGGAUGUUCAAGUCAUCUCUGCUACUGGAUCUGAUAAAGGGGAUGAAAUACCUCCAUCACCGUGGGGUGUCCCACAGUCGUCUGAAGUCCCGUAACUGUGUUGUCGAUGGGCGUUUUGUCCUGAAGGUCACAGACUACGGCUACAAUGAGGUUCUGGAGGCUCAGAGGUUCCCUUACGUUGAACCACCUGCAGAAGAGUUGCUGUGGACGGCACCAGAGAUCCUGAGGAUCUUUGGGCAGCCAGGUCUUCAUGGUACCACAGCUGGUGACGUGUACAGCUUUUCAAUCGUCAUGCAGGAAGUGGUAAUCAGAGGGCCUCCAUUCUGUAUGCUGGACCUGUCUGCUAACGACAUUAUAGAGAAGCUGCGCAAGCCUCCUCCACUGUGUCGUCCAGUGGUCAGUCCAGACUACGCUCCAUUAGAGUGCAUCCAGCUGAUGAAACAGUGCUGGAGCGAGCAGCCGGACAAGAGACCCAGCUUUGAAGAGAUCUUUGACCAGUUUAAGAACAUUAACAAGGGCAAGAAAACAAACAUCAUAGACUCGAUGCUGCGAAUGCUGGAGCAGUACUCGUCUAACUUGGAGGAGCUGAUCAGAGAGAGAACGGAGGAGCUGGAGAUCGAGAAACAGAAGACGGAGAAGCUGCUGACACAGAUGCUUCCUCCCUCUGUUGCCGAGGCCCUGAAAGUCGGAGGAACAGUUGAACCCGAGCAUUUUGACAGUGUGUCUCUUUACUUCAGCGACAUUGUCGGCUUCACCACCAUCUCAGCCAACAGUGAACCCAUCGAGGUUGUCGACCUGCUCAACGACCUUUACACGGUGUUUGACGCCAUUAUAGGAAACCAUGAUGUCUACAAGGUGGAGACGAUAGGAGAUGCUUACAUGGUGGCGUCAGGUGUUCCCAUCCGGAACGGGAACCGCCACGUUGCAGAGAUAGCAAACAUGGCACUGGACAUCCUGAGCGCUGUGGGCACGUUCAAAAUGAGACACAUGCCUGAUGUUCCUGUCAGGAUACGGAUAGGACUACACACAGGUCCUUGUGUGGCUGGCGUGGUUGGUCUCACUAUGCCCCGCUACUGUCUGUUUGGAGACACGGUGACCACAGCUUCUAGAAUGGAGUCCAGCGGGCUGCCCUACAGGAUCCACGUCCAUGAGAGCGUAGUAAAAGUCCUGAUAGACCUUAACCAGGGCUACAAACUAGAGUUAAGAGGCAAGACCGAAGUCCAGGGGAAGCAAGUCGAGGAGACCUACUGGCUUGUUGGCAAGGAGGGCUUUACCAAACCUCUGCCUGUCCCUCCAGUGCUCAAAUCUGGGUAG